CAAAGGACAAAAACAAAAAUAAGAUUGAUUAUUUUCAACCAAGUCACACUAAUGUUAGCCGACGUGUAGAUGGAUGAAGUGUCUAAUAACAGUGAUACAUGAGGAAGAAUGAAGACGUAAAUUAUAUAUAAAUAUGCACCGCACAGAUAAGGGCAAACUGAGUUAAUAACAAGCCAAGAUAGUGAAAUAUACAGAGAUAAGUGCAGUUUCAUAGUUCAUUGAUAAGUGUAGUCUGAGAACUAAGCCUAUGCCGUAAACACAGAUUGUAUUAUUAUGGAGAAACACAAUACGCUGUUGCAGAUACAAUUAGAGAGACCUCUCUUUGAACACGAGGCGUUGAAUGAAAAUUACAAUUAUGAGAAGCCAAAAUCAUCUUUGAUGCAAAAUACAAUCAACAAUGUUAAAUCAAAAAAUUGGCGAUCUUGUUUAGUAUCAACAGUGCCAGCUGUAAAGUGGCUUAGUAGGUAUAAUUGGAAAGAAAACAUCUUGCCUGAUAUUAUUUCCGGUUUAACUGUGGCGAUUAUGCAUAUACCACAAGGUAUGGCCUACGCGCUAUUAGGAAACCUGCCACCAGUGGUCGGCAUAUACAUGGCCUUCUUCCCUGUCUUUGUAUAUUUUUUCUUCGGUACAUCUAGGCACGUGUCCAUAGGCACUUUUGCUGUGGUUUGCUUAAUGACCGGCAAAGUAGUAACGUCGUACUCGAAUCCAGGAUACGCGACGUCUGCGAAUAUCACGGAUGUUGUUUCGCAGAAUCUUGAGAAUGUCGCGUACACGUAUACACCUAUGCAGGUAGCAACGGCUGUGACAUUAAUGGUCGGAAUAUUUCAGAUAAUAAUGUAUACGUUCCGAUUAGGCAUUGUGACCACAUUGCUGAGCGAAAGUUUAGUGAAUAGCUUCACGACAGCAGCUGCCGUUUACGUUUUAAUAUCUCAAAUAAAGGAUCUUCUUGGUCUUAAAUUGCCAAAGCAAAAAGGAUAUUUUAAAUUAAUUUUUACUGUUAUAGAUGUAUUUAAGGAAAUAAAGAAUACCAAUAUAGCUGCUGUAGUAAUAUCCACCGUAUCAAUUAUCAUUCUUGUUAUUAAUAAUGAAUUUUUGAAGCAAAGGGUCAGCAAAAAAUGCAGUUUACCAAUCCCUAUUGAACUCAUUGCAGUCGUUGGUGGGACAUUAAUCUCUCGAUAUUGCGAUUUACCAAAGAUUUAUAAUAUCGAAACUGUUGGACACAUUCCUAUAGGGCUUCCGAAGCCAGAAGUGCCGAGUUUUGAAUUAUUGCCGUUGGUAGCGGUCGACAGCAUCGCGAUAACAAUGGUUUCGUAUACCAUCACUAUAUCAAUGGCGUUGAUAUUCGCGCAGAAGCUUAGCUAUGAAAUUGAUUCAAAUCAGGAGCUCCUUGCAAUGGGUUUUAGUAACGUAAUGGGCUCUUUCUUCUCGUGCAUGCCGAUAUCGGCCUCGCUGAGCAGAUCUCUGAUACAGCAAACUGUCGGCGGACGCACGCAGAUAGCGAGCAUCGUGUCCUGCUUAAUGUUACUAAUUAUACUCCUCUGGAUCGGGCCGUUUUUCGAACUUCUGCCGAGAUGCGUGCUGGCCUCCAUAAUAGUUGUAGCGUUGAAGGGAAUGUUUCAACAAGCCAAUCAGCUCGUUAAGUUCUGGAAACUGAGCAAGGCCGACACCGUAAUUUGGAUCGUGACGUUCUCCAUUGUAACACUGAUAAAUAUCGACAUCGGAUUGCUCGCGGGACUGCUCGUAUCGCUGGCGAUCCUUCUACUGCAAGCUAUUCGGCCUUACACGUGUCUGCUGGGUCACAUACCGAAUACGGAUUUGUACUUGGACUUGGACAGAUACAAAGCGGCGGUGGAAAUACACGGGGUGAAAAUAUUUCACUAUUGCGGGACUUUAAAUUUUGGCAAUAGCUGCUACUUCAAGUCCAUCGUGUACAGACUCGUCGGCGUGUGUCCGCAAGAAAUUGUCAAGCGUAGAAAAUUGAGGACCGAGGAAGGUCACUUUCUGGAUGACAAAGAUGCCGAAGAUGAGCACGAAUUGCGAUGCGUCAUUAUGGACAUGAGUGCGCUGAGUUACAUCGAUCCGAGCGGCGUGCACGCGCUGCACGCGAUCUCGGAGGAAUUCACGCGGGUGAAUGUAGAAUUUUACUUCGUCAAUUGUUCCAGCCCCGUUUUCGAAAUGAUCAAGAAAUGCGACUUGUACGUGCACGGCGCGAUGUCGCUGAAAAUCUUCGCGACUAUACAAGACGCCGUUAUUUACUUUCAAAACAUGGUUGCCUCGAGAUAGUGGAAAAUAGUUUUCUGUUAUGCGUGUGCUUCACACACAGCAAUCGUUACAAUAUGCGUACCAAAGCGAUGUAAAUUGGAUUAAGUUCGAUGUGCACGACUCCGUGUACGGACUUUAAUGUAAAGAGCCAUAUUUUUGAUAACCAUUUUAAGCCUCCGGUACUCUCACUGCGAUCAUAUCAAAUUACAUGCGACUUUUCAUUAUAAAUAUGUGUCGAAAUAAGAUGGCAUUUUACAUGCAUAAUUAAUGAUAUAGAUUUGCACUUCUAGAUUUUUAAUAACUAAUGAAAAUUUCCAAUCUCUUAUUGAUCUGCAAGUUGAAAACAUCUUCGUCAAGUAACACAAGAAAAAAUAAUUAUUUUAUUUCUAUUUUUAUUCAGAAUAAUUAACUGCAGCGAGAGACCGAGGGUCUUAAUGCGCAAUGGAAGAACACGCAAUUGCAUUUUUCGCCAUUGUAACUAUCCAUUGCAUCUUUACGAGAUACUUAUAUUUUUCGAAGUGAUAAGAGGAUAGAAAAUAUGAUAUUUUUUUACUCCUGCCAAUUUCUUACAAUGCCAAACAUAAGCAGUGAGUCAUGCACACUGAUCGGUUGCAUUGGAAACCAAGUGAUAUAAAUGUACUUCACAAUCAACACUGUAUCCAAUGUUGUACUUAUAGCAAACACUUACCUUAUAACAUCUCUAUAGAUAUUUAACCGUUGAUAUAUUUUUUGAGCUAUCACCUUUUACGUCAUGGCAGAUUCAAUUGUUAUAAUUCUCACGAAUUGUGAUUACUGUUGUAGCAGAGAAAUAUUGAGCAAUGCAGCGUGUAAGCGAGCAAUCGGCCUGUUUAUUUACAGUGAUCACCCUAUGUACAAUGUGACAGCUUAUGAUUACCGAAGCCAGGGUAAUCCGCUGUUACAAGUUAGAUUAGAUUUACUGUGCCUCUGAUAGUUACGGAAUCGGCAAAUUAACAUGCUAUGUCUCCUAUUCGUAAGAUUUUUUUUUUUUCUCUCUAAUUCUGCGGCAGUGUCGCCCGUUGAUUUACCGAUGUACAAGGUUGCAGAAUAAA